GACCUUCAGUCCAGUGAGCUGCACUAGUCCUGAGAGCCACCAUCUCAGAGAAGUAGUCCAGCCACUCCACUAACAUCCAGUCUGACUCCUGCAGCUGUAGCACACACUUCACUCUCAACUCAAGCCUGCCAGGUUAUACACUUAUUGUUCUGUAAGGAGACGAUGAUGAUGAGGAUGCAGCAGAACUCAAGGAGCUUUCUGGUCCUUCUCCUCAUGGUCUUCAUCACUGGGAUUGUUCUGUCUGGUCCCUCAACUCCACGCAGAAGCAGAGUGCGACGUCAGAACAUGAAGGUUCGCAUCAAUGCCACAGGAGACACAAUCGUGAUGAAGUUUUUGCGUCCCAACCCUGACACCAAGCUUGAGGGCUACAUCUUGGGCUAUGGCAGCAGCAUGUUCUCCAAACAGUUCAUUCAGCUGCCUGAGAACGGGCAGCCGUACGAGACUGAGUUUGAUGCUGAGCCCAAGUACCUUAUUGCUGUCCAGCCCAUCCCAAUCAAUGAGGUGAAAAAGCAAUGCACAGGUAAGGUGGAAAUACAGAAGCCUCUACACUUAGUGAUUGGGUCAGUAACGCCUACUUCAGUGCUCUUGUCCUGGGGGACAUUGCUGAAAACCCCGUAUGACAGCAAUAUCAUGGAUGACUGUCUGGAGGAUGGACACUAUACUGUGCGUUAUCGUGAGAGGAACAGGAAAUGGAACUACCAGACCUGCCCUACUAGUGAUACGGUCAUUGAUAAUCUGAAGCCCCACGCACUCUAUGAGUUUGCUGUGCAGCCCAACUCCAAGGACACUAAUGGGAUUUGGAGCAAACCGGUCUUAUACAACAACAGCAAGUCGGGCAUAGACGAGAGGGCUGCCAGGAACAUCUUUAAAGUGCCUGGGAAACCUGGUGCAAAGUCCUUUCAUCCUCCUCCUGCUCUCAAUAACAGAACCAUGGGCAGAGUGCUCGUCAACCGGAAAAUAGCUCCAAAGACCACUCUGGCUCCAACCACAACUACUAGACAGGAAUCUCUAUCGACCCCUGGACCUACACCACCUGUUGUCACCAAACUGCCAAUCGACAACCCAAGAGAAGGAGACCUCCACAAAUCUGUCUUGCCUCCUUACCUGGAAUUUCCAUUAGCACCCAAGCUCAACACUCAGCUAGUUACACCAACUGCAGUGAAUAAACAUGGAGUGCAUCAUCAGAAUCAGUCACAAAAAAAGCCCAACACACAGCCAUUAACACGGCUCCAACCCCAUUAUCGACCACCACCACUACCAAAGCCCCAACAACCCGAACAACCUCAACGAAAACCAAGUGCAGAGGUUCAGACUCAAACUAAAUCCUAUUCCAAAACAGAACCGCACACACAACCCAUAAAACGAGUGAACCAGACCCAACUACAAACCCAGUCUACAUCCCAGGUCAUACUCCAGCUCCAACCACAACCCAAACCUACAUCCCAGGUCUUAUUACAGUUCCAACCACAACCCAAACCUACAUCCCAAGUCAUACUCCAGCUCCAAUCACAACCCAAACCUACAUCCCAGCUCAAACCACACCCCAAACCAACAUCCCAGAUCAAAUCUCAGCUCAAACCACAACCCAAGCCUACAUCACAGCUCAAACCACAACCCAAGCCUACAUCACAGCUCAAACCACAACCCAAAUCUACAUCCCAGCUCAUACCCCAGCUCAAUCCACAACCCAAACCAACAUCCCAGAUCAUAUCUAAUCUCAAACCACAUCCCAAGCCUACAUCACAGCUCAUACCCCAGUUCCAACCACAACCCAAACCAACAUCCCAGAUCAUAGCUAAUCUCAAACCACAACCCAAACCAACAUCCCAGAUCAUAUCUAAUCUCAAACCACAACCCAAACCUAAAUCCCAGCUCGUACGACUCCCUCAACCCCAACCAACAUUGCAGUUCAUACCCCAGACUCAACCUCAACCAACACAACAGCUAACAUCCCAAACCAUACCGAAGACCAAACCACAACCCCAAUUGACAUCUCAACAUAUUGUUCAGGCCCAAUCUCAACCACAGCUAACAUCCCAACCCAUACCCAAGUCUCAACCACAACCCCAAUUGACAUCUCAGCAUAUCCUUCAGGCCCAAUCUCAACCACAGCCAACAUCUCAGGUCAUACCCACAACUCAACCACAACACAUUUCAACAUCUCAGCACAUCUUCCAGACCCAGUUUCAAAAACAACCCCAGCCAACCUCUCAGCCCAUACCCAUGUCUCAACCACAACCCCAAUCAACAUCACAGCACUUCCCCCAGCUGUGGCCACAACAUCAACCCACACUCCAGGUCAAACCCCAGAUUCAACCUCCAACAUCUAAGACCAUACCCCAAACCCCAAGUCAAACUCAGCCCCAAUCACCACUCCAACCCAAAUUCCAAACCCAAGCUCCAUCACAAUCUCAUCAAAAGCCAGAUAUUGCCUCAGAUAAUCAAACCACAACCAAAUUUAAGGCAGAUUCUCCAGCUAAACCAACACCACAUCAUAAACAAAAGACUCAGAAUAAAACACAACCUCAACUUAAGACCCCAACCCAGCCUCAACCACUUGUUCAGCCAUCUCCCCAGUCCACAAUGAUGGCACAUUCUCACACAUCUUCACUAGCACCCAACAAAAUACCUCAUACCCAACCAGACCUACCAAAGAAUCACACCCAACCUCAACCACAGUCUUGGUCUACAGCUCAGCCACAAACUCAAACACAGCCUCAAACAAAGAUAAACAUACCGAAAAAAGCCAAGAAGCAGCCUAGAACCAAGCCUAAGCGUCAGCCUAAUCCUAAAAAGCAGCCUCAACCAAGUAGCAAACCAAAUCCUAAACCGCCUGUGCCAAAAAAACAUCCAAAGCCUCAAACACAUACUCAACCAGAAAAUCAGCCAAAGCCACACCAAAAAAAGCAAACAAAGUUUCAAGCUAGGGACCAAGAGAAGUCUCAUGCAAAACAGCCCCAGCCUCAGUCUCAGCCUCCAGUAAAGACCCAGACUCAGUCCCAACCGGAACCUCUGCCCAAGUCACGCCUUCCAUCUAUGCCCCAAACACAUCUUCAACGUGGGCUUCCAUUUCAGCCUCAGACCAGGACCUACUCUGAUCCCACCAAGGUCACUCCGAGACAAACAGUCCCUACGGCUCCUAGUCCACCAGAAGAGGGCAAGCCUCUACCAAGACCUGCCCUGGCUACAGAGAAAGCCGGUAGUUAUAAUCAUGGAACUGGCAGCCUCAGACCAUCCAUUGCUGAAGUCCCUCGGCCUCCCAUUAGGUCAACAUUCCCUGCAGCAGGAAGAAACUCCACUCGCACCCGGGUUCCUAAUAAGAGUCAUACUCGUGGUGGUGGUCCAUCCAAGAUCUCUCAUAGCUCCAGCUCACCCAGGGCAAAAGAUGGGGGGCCCAAUGCUCUUCCUAAGCCUAUGGUGUGGAACAAAGAACACCCUGGUCGGCAUCCCCCUAUUCCUGACAACAAGAAGCCCAACCAGGUUGGGAAACCCACUGACAAUGAUAAACCCAUGGACCUGAAACAUGGAGACAAGGAGUCCAUCUUGAAGCCAUUCCCUCGAGUCACAGCCAAGCCCAAGCAAGAGCGAAGACAGCAGUCAACCACCUCUGCCCCAGCAGUCAACAGCAGUCAGUUUGAAGUGUAUGAAAACUCAUCCAUAUUUAGACCCCUACCUACGUCAGAUGUCGACAUCACGGGCAAGAAGCGCUUCAUAGGUCCACAUGUAACCUACAAGACAGGCAAAACAGCAGAAGAGCCAUGCUCCAUCACCUCCUCCCUGGCUUAUUUCCCUGAUGAGGAGGGCAAUGAUCUGAAUGUGACUGGCCCUCCCCGCAUACCACCCACCAACCUCACUGUGGUGACUGUGGAGGGUUGCCCAUACUUUGUCAUUUUGAACUGGACAAAAACAGACAAUGAAACCAGAGAAUAUGAAGUUGAGUCUACAACUAAAGGACCAAAUGGAGAGGAGGUGUCCAUACAGACGACCAACCAGACACACACAGCUGUAGAGAAUCUCCAGCCAGAAAGCAGUUAUGAAUUCAAAGUCACUCCAAAGAAUGAGCUAGGAACUGGACCGUCUACUGAUCCUGUGUCCUUCAACACAGAAUCAGCGGAUCCAAGAGUGAGUGAAUACGUUCCAGGCAAAGACGCUAUCUGGACUCAGUUCCCUUUUAAAUCUGACGCCUACUCUGAGUGUAACGGAAAGCAGUUUGUGAAGAGAACCUGGUACCGGAAGUUUGUAGGGAUCCAGCUCUGCAACUCGCUGAGAUACAAAAUCUACCUGAGUGCCUCGCUCAAUGGCAAGUUCUUCAACAUUGGAGAUCAGACGGGUCACGGCGAGGACCAUUGUCAGUUUGUAGACUCAUUCCUGGAUGGGCGGACUGGCACCCAGAUGUUUGCUGACCAGCUACCAAGCAGGCUAGGAUAUUUCAGAGCAAUGAGACAAGAACCCGUCCACUUUGGAGAAAUUGGAGGAAAGUCACACGUUACCUAUGUAGGCUGGUACGAGUGUGGCACACCCAUACCUGGGAGGUGGUAAGAUCUCACAGAGCUGGUCUGGAGAAUGACCUCCUAGCUGUUGAGGAAGAAGAAGAUGCCCGUCUGUGUGUGGAGGAAGGUGGUCUUCUUUUUUCAUGUUGCCAUGGACACUGUCGUUUGAAAUCAGCCUACUCUCCCAGGCCUGACCCUUUAUAGGACUAUAACACAAAACUCAAUUGAGUGCUUUUGUAACAUCGGUCUUAAUUUCUCUAUUUAUCGAAAAUGCGUCACGACAGACAAAACAGUACAACCAAAAAUGUUGAACAUACAGUAUUCACAGAAAAAAAAAUUAUAAUUGGGAAGCUGGCUCCCAAUGUGUAAUAAUGUGUAUGAUAUUAUUUAUCAGUGGUUUGUUAUUGAAUGUGCUGUGUGCUUGGGCUUUUGAGUUGAGAAAGUAAAAAUUGUUGCUCGUAGUUGCAUGUCAGUGAGCACACACUCAAGUAAGUUGUAUACGGAAAAGGUGCCAAUCAUACUUCCAUUGUACACUUGGACUAUGGAAACAACACAGACAUGCAGAAUUGACCUUCUGCUGGCCCUACGGGUUUAUUAGCAGUCGCAGUUUGCACAGUAUUAAACGUUUCAUAUAUGUAUAUGAUGUGAAAUAUAGAAUGUAUACCAGGCAGUGUCCACAGAUGGUCUGAUACAUUUCAGGUAAAAGAUAAAAGAAUAAUUUUAGGCCAAAUUGUUCAUCUAUUGUAAGAAAAUGUAGGUUUUGAGCCCCAGAGGUUCUACGGCAUCACUUGAAAACAAAGGCAUUUUGUUAAUACCCAUGCAGUCCUGUAUCGUAGAAUAAAAACAAUAUAUAUGUAAAAAUAGAAAUAAAGCUUCUGUGUAGAAAUGAUAUAUAGACAAAUGACAUGUUUUUUUCUUUCAAACCUGUUACAGAAUGUACAUAAAGCUUUACGUAGAUGGAGGAAAACUUGCCAGUAUUUACACUACAGUUGGAAGUUGUUUUUGAUCAUUUAUUUUUCCAGUAAUAAAUCUUGUUUUUAUAUUGACUGAUAUUCAUUUA